CGAGUCGACCGCCGUCUUGCUUACCAUGGGAGUCCAUGCCGGGUUUUGCAUGGCGUUUCUUGAAGUUUCACUUCUGAGUGUGUGCGAGGUUGGGUUUCUUUGUGUGCGUGUGUGGUUGUGUCUCUGCCCGCGGCGCGGCGUGCGUCUCUCUUAAAGCGCUUACAGAAGCGUAUGUUUUUUUUAAGAUUUUUUUUUUGUACAUUUUGUUAAGUCUCCCCCCCUCCUCCUCCGUCUCAGUGACGAACUCUGUUAUCGUGGAACGAUGUCCGUGGGGUUCGAGUCGGGAUUCUCGAGUGAAGAGGUGCUGAAUAUUCGCUUCCCACUCCACAGGGCUUGCCGAGAUGGGGAUAUCGGCGCCCUGUGCUCGCUGCUGCAGCGCACCGCAAACCGGGCGGACCUGGUGGCCGAAGACUCCUUCUACGGCUGGACUCCCAUACACUGGGCUGCUCAUUUCGGAAAGCUGGAGUGCGUGAUGCAACUGGUGGGCGUCGGGAGUGGGGUGAACGCCACGACCACGCGCUUCGCCCAGACCCCGGCCCACAUCGCUGCCUUCGGGGGCCACCCAGAGUGCCUGCUGUGGCUGCUGCAAGCUGGCGCUGACAUUAACAGACAGGAUUACGUGGGUGAAACCCCAAUUCACAAGGCAGCCCGCUCUGGCAGCAUGGAGUGUAUUAAUGCUCUUUUAUUGCAAGGAGCAAAAGCAGACUUGAGAAAUGCUAGUGGCCUGACAGCAGCAGAUCUUGCACACGCCCAGGGAUUCCAGCAGUGUGCAGAGCUCCUUUCAAAUGUGCAGAACCAGCUCAAUCAGCUGAAUGGCUUCUAUACCAAUGGGGCUUUAAAUGGUGACCACCCGGCCACUGACCCCAGAAGCCACUUCAAUGGAGCACCCCCUAGAAAGAGGGCCCUUGAAUAUCUGGAGUCUAACGUGGCCAAGAAAGCCAGAAUAGAAGGCCUAGAUUUGUCCCUGAAGAUGUACAGAGGUGCUGAAGAAGAGCUGGACUCCAUGCACACUGAGACUACGCCUCCAAUCACUUCAGGCCUGAGGAACGGUGGCGUGCCGGGGGGAGAUCUGAUGGGCAACGGAUUCGCUGCGAAGGGGCUCUUCCACCCACCCCAAGCCAACGGAGGGAAUGUCAAGCCAAUUCCAGGCGUGGUGAAUGGCUCUCCCCCCGAAUGGGGGCCGGCGCUGAUCGGUUCCGCUGGGAACGGGUCGCCCGUCCUCCUCUCCCACCCCGGCUCCGAUGCCGAAACCCGCUCGAAGCCCUCCGAUAUGUGCGGAUCUCUGCAUCUGGGCGGAAGCCCCAGCAGCUGUGUGGCUCAUAGGCCUUCUUGGGCAGCGUCUAAUCCGGAGCCAGGGGAUCUUGGCGACAGUCUACAAUACGGACAUUACCACGGGUUUGGAGACACCGCGGAGAACAUACCUGAAGCCAGCAGCCAGGUGGAGCACAGCCGAUCGAUGAAAGUGGAGCAGCGGUAUGAUCACGCGGUCUUCAGCACGCUGCACCUUUAUCACGGCUCUUAAAAAGCAGCCAGUCAGUCACCUCCAUGACUAGUCUGUCAUCCCUUCUUGACCUUGGGGUUAAGAUGUCGUUGUUCCUUUACUAGGGCAGUGCUUCAACUGACUUACAUGGCUGACGCGUAAAGAGUAAAAAGAAACAAACACAAGCCAACCUCCCGAGUUACAAAAGGGAAGUUUUGGCGGGCUUUUUUUUUUUUAAGAUCUCAUUUAUUUUAUAGAGUAGUUCUGUUUCGAAGAUAAGGGAAUUCGAAUCGCUGAAAUCCAGCAUAAAAGGGACAUCAACGUAAAAUGAGACGCUUUAUUUGGUUUAUCAACGCUAUGGUCAUUGAAAUGUAUGAUUUAAAUGCUUUGAGUGGUUUUGAUUUAACUAUUCACAAGUGUGAACGCGAUGACUCUGGAUGCUGUGGUUUAAGUAUGGAAAAGGUGAAUCGAAAGUUUGGACUGAAUACGAUUUUUGUUUGUGCCAACACUGACUCAAAUAGCUGCAGUUAUCACUUGCAAUACAAGCAUUUCUAGAUUAAUUGAGAUACUGCUUCCAUUUAUGCAGAUUUUUUUUAAGCAUUAAAUGAGAUACAUUUAUGUUCCCGCACUUAAAAUGGUUCUAUGUUGUGAUGUUUGGUUAUGCUCGCUUUUAUAGAAUGGGUGGUGUCCUUGCAUUCCUUUUUGUAUGACUUCUGUAUCCGUUUUCAUUGUUUGAAUAUAAUAAACAUUAUUCCCAA